AUGGCUCAACCUACAGAUGCCUCUUUUGCCAAUGGCACAGUAAAUGCUAGCAUUGGUCUGCAUCGAGGUCAUACCGAGCAGAGGCAGGGUGCCAGGCCGUUCGAAAAGGUCCUGAUCGUCGGUGCUGGUCCCGCCGGACUGCUGCUUGCUGUGCUUCUAGCUCGACGUGGCAUCCCGUCCACUGUCUUGGAGGCGUGGGAUCGAGUCGACGAAAGACUGCGCGCCACUCAAUACGGCGUCCCUGCGACGCGCAUCUUUCGCAGGGCCGGCAUCCUGGACGACAUUCGAUCUGCAAGCAUCACACACUUUCCGUACAUUUGUUGGCGGAGUGUCCGUACGGGCGACAGAGUUGCAGGCAUCGAUUUAUCGGCCGUCGCCGACGACCCAGACCGCAUGACGGUAUUGUCACUGAACCAAAUCCUGGGCAUCCUACUACGCCACUGCCAGGAGAAGUAUCACAACUACAUUACUGUCUUGUUCAACCACAAAGUGAUUGACAUUCACCAAGACCAGGGAAAGGCUUGGGCUACCACUGAAGACGUCAGUUCGAAAGAAGAGACAAAGACGGUCACAUUCGAAGCCGAUUACAUCGUUGGCUGCGAUGGAGGCAAGAGCACCGUACGGCAGUGCCUGUUUCAAAGAGACUGGCCAGGUGAGACCUUUGAGAGUCAUCUCCUGGUCCAAAAUGUAUUUUACAAAGGCUUUGAGGACCACGGCUGGGAGGGUGGCAACUAUAUGAUUGAUCCCGAGUUUUGGGGCCUGGUUGCAAAACGAGGUAAAGCCCAGGGCGAUGACGGCCCCCUCUGGCGCGUGACGUACGGCGACUCAGCAACAAAUCUCUCCAAAGAGGAAUACGUCCGCCGGCGCGAAGUGGCUUUUAAGAAGAUGCUGCCCGGCCACCCUGACCCAAGCCAGUACAGGGUCACGCAAACGGACCAGUUCAGCAUCCACAACCGCUGCGUCACCAAGAUGAGGGUCGGCCGUAUAUUCCUAGCCGGCGAUGCGGCGCACGUCUGUAACCCGUUCGGCGGAUACGGUUGCAUGGCUGCCGUUCUAGACGUGGGCGGAUUAGCAGACUGCCUCAUCGGGUACUACGAGGGCAAGGCCGACGAGGACAUUCUGGAUGCCUAUGCCAACAUUCGCCGGCAAAAGUUUUUGGACUUUGUCGACCGGCGAUCCAGGAAGAACAUGAAUCGUAUUCGCAAGUCGGACGCCGAGUCCACACCCGAGUUCGACCCCUUUUUGGCUUUGCUGAAGUCGAUGGACGGUGACAGGGAGAAAACAAAGACGUUCCUGCUGAAAGUAAGCAGUAUCGAGUAUGACUUUACCCAGCAUUACAGAGAGGCUUAA